CAACCCACGCAAGCGCGUCAGUAGUAACUAAUCCACCAAAGCAUGGACACGUCCGUUCUUUUUUCCCUCGCUUAACAUUUGUUUAUUAGUUACGUUCCGUGGAUUUUUACAUUUCAAUUAACAAUAACGAUGGCAGUUAAUCUAUUUCGGUGAAUGUUGUGUAUAUGAACACGUAAAGUUGGUGCGCAUUUCAUUCAAAUCACUUCAUUAUCGCUCGGAUGAGGUUCAACAUCAUGUUCGAAAACACAACAAUACGCACAGCGCCCGUUCUUAAAUAAGCAACGGGAGCGGUCUCCUUACGGGCGCCUCAUUGAUAUUCAGAGGUGACGCACGGCCGCGUGAGCGUUCAGUUUGAACAUUGUAUAGAUAUUUGUGUUGUGUAACAAAUGGGUUAUCAUACCAUGACCUCUAAACAUACGUUUUGAACAACAACUUUAUAGUUAUGGCGACUACCAGUGAAGUUGAUGUUGAUCCCAUUAAAACCAAGACCAGGUGGAUGCGAUCGUACGAACGAUCAGUUACUCCCUCAUUACUACGUGCUCUAGGCUUGAUGAGGAUUACAUCAGCAAAAACAACCGUUACGGGUGUUCCACUUUCUGAAUCACGUGUCACUAAAACUGAUAAGAAGGCCGGUGGCUCUCAUACUUCUUCGAGCAAGAAACGUCCGCAGAAGAAACGUUCCCAGUCCAAAUCAGUAACUGCAAAGAAAACUCUUGUUACAUCAGCAAAAACAACCGUUACGAGUGUUCCACUUUCUGAAUCACGUGUCACUGAAACUGACGAGAAGGCCGGUGGCUCUCAUACUUCUUCGAGCAAGAAACGUUCCCAGUCCAAAACAGUAACUGCAAAGAAAACUCUUGUGGUAAAAAAAGAACGUGUUUCGAAACCGAAAAAUCGAGCGAAGAAGAGGAGCUAUGAGGAAUCGUACGACGCAAUUCAAAGCAUACCAGCGGCCUCUGAUAAUCCGAAGAAGAAAGAGCAUGCGUCACCAGCAACGACAGUUUCAUCUUCAGCGCCCAAAUCUACCGAUGAAAAUGCUGAGAACCUCUCGGAGAUCACCAGCGCUGCUGACCAAUUAAGUUUCUGGAAGGAUAUAUUAGAUAGUGACUUCAAAUCGACGAAUUAUACCAUGUAUUUAAAAAAUUCUGGAUUUACUGAUGAACAAGCCCAGGCUAUACAAAGAGAAUUUAAUUUAAUGUCUCGAAAGUUUUGUCGCGGACUCAGAAAAAUUCAACCAUGCAUGAAAACACAUGCGUGUGUAGAAUGUAAUUUUUCAAUAUCCCAUGAGUGCACGUCCAUACACAUUGCGCAAUUCUGGAACUUGGGCUCUAACGCUCCAUGGAUACAUUAUAUUACACCUGAGUCAAUGAACAUGUGCGACUGUGAUUUUAGCAUUUGCCAUUCUCACAUUAUAGAAGAGACUAAGACUAAGAGAGGGCGUCAAGCUCGAAAACGUCAGCCAAGUCCUUUGCCGAGUACCACGCCUUUGUUAGAAAAUAAUCAAUCUGUAAACUUUAAUUGUACCAGGUGCGGCAUGAAAAUAAUCAUAGCAAACCGAAAUAACAAAGUUUGCUCCAAACUGUACGGUAAAAUCAGUACGGACACCAAUCUUCUUAAAAUGUACUACUACUAUAUCCAUAAAAAUCUGGUCCAUACACCUCAAACUGCACCAAUUAUAUUUGAGAUCUUUUCUUGCAACAAUGGCUGUUGCCUGAUAUAUCAUCGUUGUCCCAAAGACGUUGUUAAUCGCAAAUGCUACCCAAUACAAACCCCACCGACCAUUACAUUUUUACGAACCUAAGUAGUACAGGAAUCAAUUUAGCCAUCGGCUGAUUGCACAUUGUAACAAUCACCCUACAUCCUAGAAGGCACAAUGUACAUAUCGCAGAACGACGAUUGAAAAUAUUGUCGCCUUUUCCAGUGUGCCCGUGAUCUCAGGUCGUUGAGUAAUGUUAAUGAUCAUAUACAUGGAAUAUUUCACCCGGCCUAGCGCAUUUCGAUGUUAAUUAGUAUUAUUCAUUAUCUGAAUCGUCUUCGUGUGGUGAAGAAUGGGCAAGAAACUCCACACUUAUUCUUUUAAAAUAGAAUUUACAAUAUUUUUAUACUAGUUAAAUAAUCAUAUUAUGUGAAGACAAUGUUCUCCCAGAAUAACAUUACUAUACAUAUUGUAUUGUUAGUAUACAUGUCCCUCACAUAUUUACAAAUAUCGAAACUUAGAAUAAUAAUAGAAUAUUA